AUUCACUAUUUAGCAAUGACCUGUCAUAGACUAUUUGAUCUCCAAGAUAUAUUUUCCUUAAACAGGGCUCAUGUAUAUAUCACAGACUUGGACAGUUACGUGCCACUAAUGCAAGAAAACAUUAAUGUAAAUAAGGAACAUACCACUGGUGAAAUUGAAGCCAAAACUCUUAACUGGGAGAACUCUAAUUUCUCGUGUCCAGGAUUAGAUUACAUCCUUGUCUCUGACUGUAUAUACUAUUCUCAAUCUGUAAAACCUCUUGUUAAUACCAUUACCCGCCUGAGUGAGCCGAAAACUGUUGUGUUGUGUAGUUAUGAAGAAAGAACAACGGGAAAAUAUCCCGAACUUCAGCGUGACUUCUUUAAGUUGAUGGAAGCAAACUUUAAUGUUGAAGAAAUUCCCAGAAGCCAUCAAGAUGAUUGCUAUCACAGCUCUGAUAUUCAUAUAAUGAGAUUCAUGAAGAAAUCUAAAUACUAAACAUGUAAAUUUCACUCUUUCGCUAUUCAACUACACAAAUACAAGUAUUGCUGAUGCGUUGUGAAUAUUUCAUUGUUACACCACUUUGUGUAUCUGGACCAGAUCAUAUAAAUGCCUUCCAUGAAGGUGGAUGUAAAUUGCUGUUCUUUAACAAUGCAUUUUAUUUUUAAAUUUCA